GUGGGGGAGGGGGGCAGGCAGAGGCAGGGAGGUCCAAUACCCCCUAAUACACACGCACACCUUCCCCAAGUCGGAGGAUGUCUUUCCAGGGAGUAAGUCUCAAAGGGACAAGAUCCAGCUUAUGGGCCAAAGCAGUACCUCUGCUAUCGAAUCUCGUGCUCUGAUGCUCGCCACCCACUGCAUGUGUGAAGGGGGCCCCUCCAGCCUCUCUCACUCCCAGAGCUGGCAUUCCCUCCUCCCUCUCUCUGGACCCCUGCCCCUCCCCCAGCACCUGCACUGGGCGGUUAGCAACUUCCUGCCCUCGCCACAUCCACCCUCUUUCUACCCUUCCUGCUCUGGCCUGGGCUGUAGUAGCUCCCACAGUGUGCAGAGUGAGCGAGCCAGAGAGGGUGGGUGGGCAGUUCUUAACCCAUCAGCCUUUUCCGUCUGUACCCUUCACCCCCUAACCCCGACCCCCGGCCCUGCCGAGGUGGACAGACCAGAUGGACCCAAGCUCUGUUCCUGUGACCCCAUCCCUCCUUUCCCAGAGCCUCUAUCGAGCUGGUGGAAGCCGAAGUGUCGGAAUUGGAGACCCGGCUGGAAAAGCUCCUCAAGCUGGGUAAUGGCCUCCUGGAAAGUGGGCGCCACUACCUUGCCGCCAGCCGGGCCUUCAUUGUUGGCAUUUGUGACCUGGCCCACCUGGGUCCACCAGAGCCCAUGAUGGCGGAGUGUCUGGACAAAUUCACUCAGAGCCUGAGCCACAAGCUGGACAGCCAUGCAAGGUCUCCGGGGCUUCCGAGAGGCUCGCCGGGAUUUCUGGCGGGGGGCUGAGAGCCUGGAGGCUGCUCUGACCCACAACGCAGAGGUCCCCAGGCGCCGGGCCCAGGAGGCAGAAGAGGCCGGAGCUGCUCUGAAGGUUGCUCGAGCCGGGUACCGGGGACGGGCCCUGGAUUAUGCCCUGCAGAUCAAUGUGAUUGAGGACAAGAGGAAGUUUGACAUCAUGGAGUUUGUGCUGCGUCUGGUGGAGGCCCAGGCCACCCAUUUCCAGCAGGGCCACGAGGAGCUGAGCCGGCUGGCCCAGUAUCGCAAGGAGCUGGGUGGCCAGUUACACCGGCUGGUCUUGAAUUCGGCUCGAGAGAAGAGGGACAUGGAGCAAAGACACGUGCUGCUGAAACAGAAGGAGCUGGGUAGGGAAGAGCCAGAGCCAAGCCUAAAGGAGGGGCCUGGUGGCCUGGUCAUGGAAGGGCACCUCUUCAAACGGGCCAGCAAUGCAUUUAAAACCUGGAGCAGACGCUGGUUUACUAUUCAGAGCAACCAACUGGUUUAUCAGAAGAAGCACAAGGACCCUGUGACUGUGGUGGUGGAUGACCUUCGUCUCUGCACAGUGAAGCUCUGUCCUGACUCAGAAAGGCGGUUCUGCUUUGAGGUGGUGUCCCCCAGCAAGUCCUGCCUCCUGCAGGCUGACUCAGAGCGCCUCCUGCAGCUGUGGGUCAGUGCUGUGCAGAGCAGCAUCGCUACGGCCUUCAGCCAGGCUCGCCUUGAUGACAGCCCCCGGGGUCCAGGCCAGGGCUCAGGACACCUGGCCAUGGGCUCCGCCGCCACCCUGGGCUCUGGCGGGAUGAGCAGGGGAAGGGAUUCUGGUGGAGUCGGGCAUGUGGCAGCCCAGGUGCAGAGCGUGGACGGCAACGCCCAGUGCUGUGACUGCCGGGAGCCGGCCCCUGAGUGGGCCAGCAUCAACCUGGGCGUCACCCUCUGCAUUCAGUGCUCCGGCAUUCACAGGAGCCUUGGAGUUCAUUUCUCCAAAGUCCGGUCCCUGACCCUUGACUCAUGGGAGCCGGAACUCGUGAAGCUCAUGUGUGAGCUGGGGAAUGUCGUCAUGAAUCAGAUCUAUGAGGCCCGUGUGGAGGCCAUGGCCGUGAAGAAGCCAGGGCCCAGCUGCUCCCGGCAAGAGAAGGAGGCCUGGAUUCACGCCAAAUACGUGGAGAAGAAGUUCCUGACCAAGCUUCCCGAGGUUCGUGGGCGAAGAGGUGGCCGGGGGCCCCCGAGGGGGCAGCCUCCUGUGCCCCCAAAGCCGGGCACCAUCAGGCCCCAGCCUGGGAGCUUCAGACCCAAGCCAGAGCCACCCUCUGAGGACCUGGGCAGCCUGCACCCUGGGGCCCUGCUCUUUCGAGCUGCUGGGCAUCCUCCAUCCCUUCCCACCAUGGCUGAUGCCCUCGCCCAUGGAGCCGAUGUCAACUGGGUCCACGGGGGUCAGGAGAAUGCCACACCGCUGAUCCAGGCCACAGCUGCUAAUUCUCUUCUGGCCUGUGAGUUCCUCCUCCAGAACGGGGCAAACGUGAACCAAGUGGACAGCCACGGCCGAGGCCCGCUCCACCACGCAACCAUUCUUGGCCACACGGGGCUGGCCUGCCUAUUCCUGAAACGGGGGGCCGAUCUGGGAGCCCGAGACUCUGAAGGCAGAGACCCCCUGACCAUCGCCGUGGAAACAGCCAACGCUGACAUCGUCACUCUGCUGCGAUUGGCAAAGAUGAGGGAGGUCGAUGCGGCCCAGGGCCAGGCUGGAGACGAGACGUAUCUCGAUAUCUUCCGCGACUUCUCCCUCAUGGCGUCCGACAACCCGGAGAAGCUGAGCCGGCGUAGCCAUGACCUACACACGCUUUGAUCCCAGGCCUUCGAGGGCCCGCACCUCCCAUCCCUGCCCUUCCCACCGCCCAUCCCUGCCCUUCCCACCGCCCAUCCCUGCC